UGAUGCAUUUGUUUUCCAAAUGUCUCAUCUGCCAUUAUAUUCAAAUGUAAUCAAAAAGAUUUAACAUAACCUCAAUAGGAAUAAUUCCAUUUCCGAGAGUUUUUGCUUUUGAAGAGUUUUUCCGCGAAACGGUGAGACAACAUGAAUUUUGUUAAAUUGUCGGAUAUGUAUAAGAAACCGAGUUUUUAUACUCCACCGAAUCCGGAACAGUUAACCAACAAUGCUGACUUUCCCAAUUUAAAUUCACUGGAAUACAGAGUGAAGAAAAUUGAAAAUACCGAACCGAAGCUACAGAAUUUUUGGGAAAUUCUAGAGGUUGACACAUUGGGCCAAAUAGUGUUAGUGACAAAUGAUUAUGUGGCUCGAUUCUGGGCUGGAAGUUUCUGGGGCUACGAAAACUUUGACGAUGUCGGCAGCGAAGAGAAAGCUGUGUUCAGAAAACGUUAUGACCAUCUGAUAACAAACUUCAAGUUCGUUGAGCCCAACAUCGCUCUGGUUUCUGAUUCUACUGGUGGCGUUCAUUUAUGGUCCACAAAAUCGGAAAUUCGAAACGGCUACUGCCCAUACAGCAUUGUCCGUCGAUCCGAACACAUCGGCCGAGUAGAUGUACUGGCAUUAUGUCAUAAAAGUGGAACGACCGCGUUCAGUGGAUGCACUAACUGCUGCAUUAAAGUGUGGGAUCUGGGUGGAGGAGAUUUAUCCGCAAGCCAUACCUAUCGAAGUGCUCACACUUCACAUAUAACUGGUUUGUCAUCGAGUCAUUCUAUGCCGACAGUGUUCGCCUCAUGCUCGAGAGAUAAAAAAUGGGCAGUGUGGGAUCACCGCAAUAGAAAGCCAAUCACAACACUUUCACCCAUUCACGACAUUCCAUAUACCGCACUGUACUGGAGUGACAGUCAGGAGAGCAACGAAAAUUUGUUCGUUGGUGACGGUAGUGGAUCGGUCUACGUUUUCGACGUUCGAAAUCCUUCGAAGCAUGUUGAUAUGUUGUCAUUCUGCAGCCCCAUUCAUAAACUCAGUUUUGAAGGAAAACUAUUGGCAGUUUUGGGGCAGACGAAUGUUAUCAAAGUAAUCGACACAGCCAAUGGCAACAAGGAAAUUUAUAGCAAUUCUGACGCUAAGAGCAAUGUACGUGACAUACACUGGAGUGAUGUGGAUACAUUUUAUACAAUUGCUUGGGAGACUGGACUGCAAAAACAUCGAUUGACCAACGAGAGUGUGUAAGAUUUUUUGAAGAGAUGUUACAAAACGAAUACAUUUUUGUU